UCCGGCUGUCGACACAAACAUUGCACUGCAUGGCGCACUGAAUGUCUGAACUGUCCGCCGGGUUACUACACCAUCGCGCCGUGCAUGCUGUAACACUUGAGUUAAAGUGAAUUAUUGAUUAAUCUGGAUUAAAACAGCCUUUCACAUGUCUGGGGGAACUAGUCUGGACAACGCUAACCCUCAGAUUUUCGAGCGGUCCUCCGCCAGGCUGCUGGUCGCAUCUGAGGAGGAUGAGGACGUCCACGACCCCAUCGACGACAGAGAGAUUUUCGAUCUGAUCAAAUCCAUCAAUGACCCUGAGCACCCUCUGUCCCUGGAGGAGCUGAACGUCGUGGAGCAAGUUCGAGUCAAGGUGAAUGAUGCCGAGAGCACCGUGAAUAUAGAGUUCACGCCCACCAUCCCUCACUGUAGCAUGGCAACACUCAUUGGCCUGUCGAUCAAAGUCAAGCUGCUCCGUUCCCUGCCGGACAGGUUCAAAAUUGAUGUCCACAUCACUCCAGGGUCUCACGCCUCAGAGGAUGCAGUGAACAAGCAGUUGGCAGAUAAAGAGAGAGUGGCAGCAGCUCUGGAGAACAGUCAGCUACUGGAGGUGGUAAACCAAUGCCUGACCGUCAGGAGCAUCUGAGCAGCCAGUCAGCACUGAGUCUUCACGCUUCAGCCAAUGAUCUUGCUGCAGAACUCUUAACAGCCAAUCAUCUUCAACUCCUUCUGUUACAACAGAGAUGUGUUUGCCAAGCUGACAGAGCAGCUAAACACUGACAAGUUACUCAUUUUCAGCCAAUCACAAUUCUGGCAGGAAGCUGUGAACAGAUGCUGUUUGGGCAAAUUUUUGGGGCAGCCAAGCAGCCCUUGAAUGCAUUCCUAUAAAAAAAUAAUAUAAUUUUACUGUUAUCCCAUUGACCAGUUUGGACAGCGAGAUAAAUUAUCUGUGAAUUUGGAUCCUGAGUGUCAGAUGUUAACAAUUUUUCCAGAGCCUGAAAGAAUAUUUUCCUUUGGUUAAGUAAUUAAUAAAUAUGCCCAGAGAAAGAGAGGAAUGAUGGAAGUGUUCUAACCCAAAAUCAAUGCAAUGCCACAUAUAUUUAUAAUAUUGACUCAUUUUGAACUACUGCAGUAAGAAUUGUGACCUGUAUGUUUUAAUGCUUUAAUAUAGUAUUUCACUGAAAAAUGCAAGGUAAUGUAAACAAUAAAUAAUUACAUACACA